ACAGUUAUUAUGUUAUUCAAUAGGUAACAUAAUUCAAAUUCCAAUUUUUCCUGUUCCCAUAAUUUAUUCAUAAUGGGGCGCACCGUCGGCUGAACAAUAAUAUGAACUCUCCGAGCCCCGAAGUGGACGUUUUCAUAAGCAAUUACACCAUCGUCGACCCGGACGUCUACCACUUGUGGGUGAACGGGUGCUCCGCGUCCGAAGCGGUGACCUUUCUGAAGCAAUAUGGUAUCUUGGAGGAGAUGGGUACGACGCUCGACUUGGUCGCGUCCGAUAUAUUGGAUCAUUACAGGACUUACAGUCUGCUGGAGAAGUUAAUACAUUAUCCGACGAAAUUAGACCAGCAGCUAGCGUUCCAGAUCGAACCGCAAACGAAAAAAAUACUAGUCGAAAAAUACUACGAAAUCGACGACAUUGUUGUCAGAGAAUUUCUUGGCAAAAAAUUAUCGUCGAAACAUCGUAAAGACCUGGACGAAGUCAGUGAAAAAACUGGCAUUGCCAUAAAAUCGUGCAGACGUCAGUUUGAUAAUGUCAAGAGAGUGUUCAAGGCUGUAGAGGAAUUGCAAGGAUCCGUCAUCCAUAAUAUUUCCAACACGUUUUUGCUCUCGGAAGAUUUAGCCAAAAAGUAUGGGGUUAUUGUAUUCAUCGCCUGCAUGCGUUUUGAAACUUCCAAAAGAAAAUUACAAACUCUGACGUUUCCUGACUUCUAUGAGCCAACCCUGUGCAUUAUAAACAAAUGGACUUACCCUAAAAAUAGCCCAGAAUUCGGAGAUCUGGACUUGGAUCGAGAGUUCUUGCUUGACCUGCGAGAAGUCAGGAUCCUUUUGGACAAAGAAAAAGAUCACAAACAUUUGGUGUGUCAAAAGUUAAAGGAACAAUUUCUUGAAAAAAUUUACAACAGUAUGGAAACAAACUUUCGUAUGCUGAGCAGGGCAAUUAUUGGAAUAGCGUACAGCCUUCAUCAUAAUAGAGAUAUGAGGGGUUAUUUUCUUGAAGUUGUCGAACGAGUCAUCGAUCCGUGGAGAGCGUUAAAUUGGAGCAAAGUCGAGGUCAUGGAUUUCCUAAAAGUGUACAUUUCUAGUGCUAUCGAAUUGGAUAUUUUCCAAGAGGCCGAGGUAAAAAAAGCUUGGGAACGUUACAUGGACGUAAUAACAGUCAGUGUUCAGCAACUCUACUGAAAGGAGAAAAACUAAUGUUGGUGUCUUAUCAACAAACCAACCUUUAUGUAUUGUGUGAAUUGUUUAAUCUUUUUUGUAUUUUUAGAGAUUUGUUUUUUUGUAGGCGAGAUUUUUUUUAGAUGUGUAACUUUUUGGCUUUUUACUAAAUAUAACUCAACUUUUUAUACUUAUUCAUACGAACACACUAUUUGUUCAACAACUAGUGUUUGUUUAUGGUGGAAUUGGACAAUGUCUGUUUAGCAGCAUUCAGGCUAUUGGACAUUUUAUAUAUAUCCGACAUAAUGACAUUUAAUUUUAUAUUAUUUAUUUAUUUAUUUUUAAGUUAGCUAGUCUCGAGUGUUUGUAUAUUUUCUCAAUAAAUAUUAUUGCUAGUUUCUACAAU